AUGUCUGACUACCGAGGCAGGUAUCACACUGUCUUCGUUGCUCCACCAGUCAUGUUUGACCACGGAGUCAGCUGUCACUCUGUCCUCGGUGCUUCACCAAUCAUGUGUGACCACGGAGUCAGCUGCCACUCUGUCCUGGGUGCUUCACCAAUCAUGUGUGACCACGGAGUCAGCUGCCACUCUGUCCUCGGUGCUUCACUAAUCAUGUGUGACCACGGAGUCAGCUGUCACUCUGUCCUCGGUGCGUCAUCAGUCAUGUAUGACCAUGGAGUCAGCUAUCACUCUGUCCUCGGUGCUUCACCAAUCAUGUGUGACCACGGAGUCAGCUGUCACUCUGUCCUCGCCACCAGGUGCCUGACAAUGCCCAAGCGGAAAUCUGCAGCCCCCAAGGGACGGAAAUCUCGGUCUGCUAAACACAGUCAAACAGAACCCAAUGUCAAGAUACCCGAAGAUGUGCCGUCUUCCAGCACAGAAAAUGGUGUCAUCGUUGAAACCGUGGGAAAAAUGGAUAGCACCCCACAUUGCUGUCCUUCCCAUGUGAACACGAUCAACUCAAGACAGAGCAAUCCAAAAUUCCCCUGCAAAGUUUAUUCUCAGGUGGCGUCAGAGGCUCAAGGGAGUUCGGAAGAAACAAGGACUGGCUUCAUGAUACCCGAUAUACCCGAUACGUCGUCUUCAAAUACUAAUGAAGAGAACCUAAAACAGAAGAUGGCGAAGUCCGAAACUGUAACCCCCAAACAAUUCACUGAAGCACCGGCGUCUGUAGCAGAAAUAACACAUGUACAUGUCACAAAGCCGGACCUCAUAUUCACGGACGCAUACACAUACAAACGACGAGCUUGUAUCACUAACAAUGGCACCAAGAUAGACAUAAACGACAUGUCCCUGAUUGGCAACUUUACUUCCCGAACAAAUGGCCGUUUCCAGACGGGCAGACAGUAUUGGGAAAUGAAAAUAUCCGUCCCACUCUACUCUCCUCGACCAGUGUUCUUUGAUAUCUCCGUGACACAGGAACACUCCGGGGGCAACUGGUACCUCAGGGUGGGGUACCAUAGGAGCAAAGUCAAGUGCUCUAAUUACUGUUUUGGUAAGAUCGAACCCGGAUAUGGUAAAUGGCGACCUUACACAGAUCCGCAUCAUUUGGGUGUGUUCCUGAACUGCGAAGACCGGACAUUGAUGGUGUUUGAACCCGCAGAGAAUCAGUUAGUGUUCACCGUCGGUGAUAUUGACGUAUCCGAAGCACUUUUACCCGUCGUGAGAUUCGGAUACGUAAAGUGUGCUUACGUGGAGCUGAUAACUGGUGAUCGUGCUACCCUGCCACAAGUUCUGUGUGAAAUAAUGAACGCCACCAGUGAUUCGUGUCCUUGUUAACAAUGUACUUGGACCAAUAAUAGAUGUCAGAUUUACUUCUUUACUAUUAUUGUUAUUAUUAUUGAACCGACUAUGGGUAGAAAACGGUUUGUGAACAACUGAAUUAAGCUCUUAAUAAACCACCGUU